AAAAUUGAAAAUUUUCCAAUAAACUGAACUGAGUCGGAUUCGGGGCUUGAACCAAAACCCUUUACUGAGUCGGACUCAAACUCGCGCGAACAUGAACACUCCACCAAAUCUAACAAAAUUCUUAAUCAUCUCCUCAAAUUGUAAGUUUCCCAGAUCUGGAAUGAGAAUUUGUGGUGAGUAACUAUGGAGAAAGAGACUCAACGUUCGGUAUCUUUCCGUACAUACCGAAGAGGGGAGCGAAGUAAUCAUAGCUCGCAUUCUAAAGAUGUUGAAGGUGGAAAGUUGCAUCAAGAUUAUCAUAUGAAGAUUGUUUGGAAAAAGGGGUUUAUUCGGUUGUUUCUUGUUGGAGGGAUCUUGUGGAUGUUUCUUAUUCUUUUCGCUUCUUUGAUUCAUAUUUGGUCUUGCCAUUCUUCUAUAACAUUUGUUUCAGGUAUGUGUAACAAAGAGAGUAAGGUUUUCACAAUGUGGAGCAACAUAGGACUUGUACCAAAGUCACAAUCCCAACACCGGUGUUCAAUUCCGGUUCUGAGCGAUCCUGAGAAAGUAGUUAUUCCAGAAGGAAGAACUCCUGACAAAAUUGUAAAAAAAUUGUCUUAUAUUACAAAGGAUGAGCAUUCGAAUAACGGAUCUCAGAGUACUCCACUGUUUGGAGGACAUGAAAGCUGGGCUCAAAGAGAAGAGAGUUUCAAGCUAAGAUCAUCCAUGAAGGUUCAUUGUGGAUUUAUUAAAGGUGGUGGGGCUGAAAUGUCUGCUGAAGAUAAGAAUUAUGUCAAGAAAUGCAGAUUUGUGGUUGCGUCUGGCAUCUUCGAUGGAUACGAUAUUCCACAUCAGCCUUCAAAUCUAAGUCCUCGUUCUAAAAAGCUCUUCUGUUUUCUUAUGGUUGUCGAUGAGAUCUCUCUUGAUUUCAUAAAGGAAAAUGUAACCGUUAAGGAGGAUGCAAAGGGAGGGCAAUGGGUUGGUAUAUGGCGUCUCAUUUUACUAAAACAUCCACCUUAUGAUGAACCAAGAAGGAAUGGUAAGGUUCCGAAGAUUAUUACACACCGAUUAUUCCCCGAAGCACAGUACAGCAUCUGGAUUGAUGGUAAAAUGGAGCUAUUGGUUGAUCCAUUGCUAAUGCUAGAGAGAUACUUAUGGCGUGGAAAAAAUACAUUUGCCAUUGCUCAACACAAGCAUCAUCACAGUAUCUAUGAGGAGGCUGAUGCAAACAAGCGAAGGAAGCGAUAUGCUCGGCCUCUUCUUGAUCUCCACAUGAAAAUUUAUCGUUACGAAGGAAUGGAGCCUUGGAGUCCCGAAAAGAAAACAGUUAGUGAUGUGCCCGAAGGAGCCAUCAUCAUACGGGAACAUACCGCUAUGAGUAAUCUGUUUAGUUGUUUGUGGUUCAACGAGGUUGACCUCUUCACUCCAAGAGACCAACUGAGUUUCGGUUAUGUAGUCUACAGAUUAAAGGGUUCGUUCGAGUUCUUUAUGUUUCCUAAUUGCGAGUACAAUUCUCUGUUCGUGUUGCAUCCACACAUACGAGAGCAUUCUUCUCGUAUAGAGUGGGUAACAAACUGGGAUCAGCUUAAAGGAAAUGCUAAGAUUUCAAAUAAGGGUAAAGAUUGGGAUCAAGCUAGUGGGAGCAAGGAUAAUUUGGUUGAAAGUCGAGGGGGGUUAGGCUUGUGGACUCCUUAUCCCGGAAACCUUGAUUCAGUUGUUCUUCCCCCGGUAGUAAGAGCAUCCAAAGCCGGCUGAGGUUAUAUUCUUAAGAUUUCUUCAUUGUUUCAUUUACCAUCUCAUGUCAUAACAGUUUUGUUGGAUAACCGAGACGAAGAAGAUUGACGGUGUUUGUGGCUACCACGGAGUAGAGUCGGGAAAAUCUCGAAAUGCCUGCCAGAAAAUUCUUGUAAAAGAUUGAAAGGUGAAAAUCAGAAGUAUAAAAUGGAUAUGAGUUAGUUUGCAUAUAUUGUAACACUGUUUAAGCUUUUGAAAAAGAAGCUAAUGUUGCCUUUGCUUAUUAGUGAUUUCAAUGGAAGGAAGAAAAAAAAGGAAAUGAUGCUUUUGCAAACUAAAA